UUUAAAUAACAUUGGACGUACGUGAGGAGUCUGGGUUUCGCCUUUUCGAGGGCAUCUUUGCUCGAUGGAUCAGCUAUGCACCUAUGGCUACGUCUUCCUGCACUAACCAAUAAGACGAGGCUAAUAGAUAUGAGUAAUAAUUAAUUAAUAUUGCGUGUGUGAUAGAUAUGGUGGAAUAGUAGAGUAGUAGUACGUCCUGAUCUGAUUAAACAGUGAGUGAGUGAGGCCUAGCGCUUAUUAGCAGCUGCUGCUGCAUCAAUACCUUACCUACAAUUCGUUCAUUCCUUAACGAUCUUUAAGCUUUCAUUUAAGCGCAGCUGGAUCGGAUCGGAUCGAUCUUUGAUUUCCGGGCGGCGAUGGAAGACCUCUGGGAAGACAUCAACCUCUCCUCCCUCCACCACUUGAAGCCCCCUGCCCCCCACGGCGUCGCUUUGCACGAAUUCUUAGGCCGACCCUUCGCCGCCCAAAACACUCCGCCGCCUCCCAGCCUCAGCCUAUGUAGCAAUGUCCCGGAGAUCCAUUUCUCCUGCGGACCAGCUGAUGCCCACACCUCUGUCUUGCCUCAUCAUUAUUCCGUUUCCCCUGAUGGCCGCCGAAUCGCUGCUUCAUCUCCGGUUUCCAGCGGCCGGAGGAAGAGGGGUUCACCAAUCACCCAACACUCCCCGCCGACCACAGGCAUAAGCGGAUGAUGAAGAACCGGGAAGCGGCCGCUCGCUCUAGAGCAAGAAAAGAGGAAAGUAUUCUCUACUCAUGCGUACACUCUAAUUAUUCUCUAAUUUAAGCUCAUUUAUUUAUCACUUAAUUUAAGGAAAAUAAUCCUAAAUAUUAGUAAAUUCAUCCCUAAAUGCACAAAUAAUAUUAUGACUGAUUCUGGUGAAAUUUAUGAAGUUCUGGUUGGAGUGGCUGCAUUGCCUGAUUCUACCGAUUUAAGAAAAAAAUAUUUAUUAAUAAUAUAAAGAAAAUAUUAUAUGUAAAAAUAGGUAAAGUGAUCGUCUACUCUAACUUCAGCCAAUUACAGCCAGAAAAAUAACUUCGUCUUAUUUUUUCUGCUUAUUACACAAUUCAGCGCGCGAAAGUAAAAAUUACGUGUUUGGUGAAAAAGUUGGCUGAUAAGUUCGAUAAGCCAACAAAAAUAGUAUUGCCAAACGGCUUCUAUAUGGAGUAUUACUUAUCUUCUCAAAAGAAGACUAAAGUAUAUUUUAUUUUCCUAUUACAUAACUUCAUUGGAAGAUCAUACUCCGUAAUUUAAUUUGGGUAAAAUCAUAAGAAUUAUAAAAAAUAUUUUAAUUCAUAAUAAAAUUGCAAAAAAUAUAGAAAAAAUAUAUUUAAAACAUUAUAUAAUAAUUUAAUUUAAAAAAUUAAAAAAAUUCAAAAAUACUCGAUGCAUAAAACACAUAAAAAUAUAAAAAAUUAUUGAUGUCUUUGACACAAUCCCUUCCACCACCGAUUGGUAAACAAAUUCCAUUCUAUGUAAAAACAGUCAUUUUUUUGGAAAUGCUAUUAAGAUGAUAUUUUUACUUUUUAAAAAUGUCAUUUUUUUCUCCAAAUUUGCCAUCAAGAUGAUACUACAGACACAUGUUAUCAUUUUUUUCUGGUGGUCGCAGAUGGCGGUACUGGAAGAUUAUUAAGGCGGCAACAAAAGUCUGCACAUGUUUUUAUUUAUUUACAUUAUGUUAUUUUUGUUUUAAGUUUUUUACUUUUCUAAUUUUAUUUUUCUAAUUUUUUAUUUCUAUUAAUUUUAUUUAAUAUUAAGUAUUUAGUUUCGUUUUUUAUUUAUAAAUAAAUUUAUUUUAUUACAUUUACGCUUUAAUUAUUAAUGAAAACUGAAGUAUGUGACAUGGGACAUGUAUAUACGCAGUUUGUACUAACGUUCGUAUAAAGUUUGUUUGAUGAGACUCUAUAUUUAGCGGAAAAUGAAAUUUGAUCCUCUUUUUCAUUACUAUAUAUCACCUAUUUGUUUCAAUAGCUAGAGUCUCAUAAAUAUUUUAAAAAAAGAGUUUAAAUUUGACUUUUGUGAUAAACUUAUACGGAGUAAUUUGGAACUAAUAUGUAAUUCACUAUAUUAGGGAAUCAUCAGUUAGAUAAAUGUUGGAGGUGAACAGAUGAGAUUCUAGGAUACACUUUCGAAUAUAAUUAAUUACUUCAUCGGUCCCUUAAAAUUUUGCAAAUUUUCCCUUUUGGAUGUCCCACUAACUUGUUGCUUUCCAUUUUAAGUAAUGAAUUUGUGGUUUGAGUUAGUACUUUCUCCUCUAUACAAAGAUUCAUUAUUUUUUGGCUUGAGAAUAUGAUGGAAUAAAGCAAAAUGACUCACUAAACUGUCUGUUGCUUCUUUGUUAUGAAGCAACGGUCAGUCCAUGCAAUUUUGGGCGCGAUUUUCACUAUGGGUCAUCCAGAGAACAGUCUCCAUGUGCUUUAGUACAGAGGUAAGACUGCGUACAUCUGACCCCCAUUACCCAACCGUAGGUGGGAGCCUUUGCGGCACAGGGGUAAAUGAAAAUGAAAAUGAUAUCUUCGUGCCGGUCAAACUUGUCAAAGUUUUAAGAGACGAAAAUAGUAAGAUUUAACGGUUGAAAGUAAUUAUCAUAGAGAAGUAUGUAUGUAUGGAUAACAUAUUGGUUGAAAGUAAUUAUCAUAGAGAAGUAUGUAUGUAUGGAUAACAUAUUGACAUGAUGUAUGUACAAAAAUGCAGGCUCAUACAAGUGCGUUAGAGCAAGAAGUGAAACUCCUUUUGAAAGAGAAAUCUAAGCUCAUUGAAGAAUAUCAAGAGCUGCGUAUAGAGGCAGAUUCCCACAAAAACUGCAAGCUUUGCAGAACAUCAUCUGCUCCAUUCUGAAAAAUGACUGGAUCGAGUAAUCUCCGUCGUACGUCUACGGCAAGCAGCACAAUAUCUGGCCGCCUAUAUUACUUAGCAGCUCAAUGUAACUGAUCUAGGGGUCAACAAUUCUUCAACAGAAAUUUAACUGCAGUGGUAAUUGUUUGUUGACUAGCUAGCUAGUACCGGCUGUAGUUAAGGAGAUUGACCAUGACCCGUGGGAUGCAUGUGCACAUUUUUUUUCUUUUUGUAAAAGAGAAUAAUUUUUAGCAUCCAUAAUUUCUUUUGUCUACGACAGAGACAAUAUUUUUUAAGUACUUCCUAUGAAAAACAGUUCUCUUUAAAAAUGAAAAAUUUGUUACCCGCCGUGUAACAAAUAAUUUCUAUAUA